AUGAAGACUUCCUUGGUUUACUUUCUGGUACUGAUACUCUGCUAUCUUUGCAGAGCUGAGAAACACCGCAGGGACAAUGAUAUCUUGCUUGGUGAGAGCGGGGCUGCAGCUGAAGGAGGUGAACAAGAGCUGGUGCUUCAGUCUGACAUCUGGGCUGAGCUGAAGAGUCUCAGAGACAUGGUGGUGGAGCAGAAAGUAGAGCUGAGGUACCUGACGGCCAGAGUAACAGCUGCUGAGAGCCGGGUGGAGGCAUUGGAGAAUACAGCAAUGGAGGCCAGGAUGACCGCAGCUGAGCGCUUGGCAGAGGAACUGCAGAUGGAGAAUGACGCUCAAGCUACAGAGCUUGCAGUCGCUCAGCAGAAGCUCACCACUCUGCAGCAAAGACUGACAGUCAGUGAAGGACAUAUGGAAGAGUUUGAGAAAAAGCAGGAAGGACAAAAGGUGGCAAUUCAGGAACUUCAAAAUACCAACAGAGUGAGGAAAGUAGCUUUUUCUGCCUCCCUUUUGACAUCUGGUAACAGUAACACAAGCAACGAUGAUUUUCCACUCCUCUACAAAAAUGUCUUUACCAACAUUGGAAACCACUACAACCCAGUCUCAGGUUACUUCAUUGCACCAGUAAGAGGAGCGUAUUACUUCAGAUUUACUGGCCAUUGCCACUAUUAA